UUUUAUUUUGACGAUCCCUGUUACGGACGCGCCGGGUGAAGCGCCGCGGGCGGGAGGAGGCUAUGCGUGUGCUGGUGUAAUUAAAAACGAAACGCUUGACGCCAAACUCUGUAGGAACUCUAAGCUCCAUAAGCUCUUUAGUGGUAAGAGCCUUAAGCACGCCCCGGAGCGCCGGGUCUCCGGGCGCUCCGAGGGGAAAAGCCCGCCCGGCCCGCCAGGGCAGUGCAGGUGCUGGGCGUGCGGGCGCACCUGGGUCCGCAGGCGCGGGGCUCGCUCCGACAGAGCCGCGGUGCCUCCGCCCGGUGCCGCUCAUGCGGAGCGGUAGCAGGCGGGGGGAGCCGCGCCAGCCGCCUGUGGGCGGAGGGGAUGUAGCCGCCGCCAGGCUCCGCAGCCGUGCCCGGGCUCUGCCCGCUCCUGCUCCAGGAUCAGGUUUCCCGCGGCCGGGGCGGGCGGCACCGCCUCCCCGUCCCCGCCUGCCGGACCCGCGGCCGUGGGCAGCGCCGGCGGCGGGAGGGGCGCGUCCUGCACGGCCGGGGCCGCGGCAGAGCGGCGCGCAGCGGGCAGGUGCGGCGGCUGGGGCCGGAGCCGGCGGGUCCGUGCCUCCCGCGCUGCUCUCCGUCAGCAUGAAGGUCGAGUUUGCCCCCAUCAAUAUCCCCUUAAAGAGGAGGAUCCAGACAGUCGCCGUUCUGCAGUGGAUUUUCUCCUUCCUUCUGCUGGCAGAGUUUUGCUUUGGAUUCUUCGUGAUCCUGAUCCUGGGCAACUUCUGGUUCCUUGCUGUUCUGUACCUGCUGUGGCUGUACCUCGACUGGGGAACACCAUGUGCUGGGGGCAGACGGUCCCACUGGGUCAGAAGCUGGACUGUCUGGAAGUAUUUCAGGGAAUACUUUCCCAUUCAUCUUAUAAAAACUUCAGAACUGAACCCAAAUCACAACUACUUACUUGGCUUUCACCCUCAUGGGGUCCUGGUUGCUGGAGCCUUCGGAAACUUUUGCACCGAUCCUCCUUUCAAAAAUUUAUUUCCUGGGCUUACUCCAUAUCUCCAUAUCAUGCCCCUCUGGUUUGGCUGUCCCUUCUUCAGGGAAUACAUAAUGAGUGCUGGAAUGGUUUCUGCAUCCAAGGAAAGUGUCUCCCAUGUGCUGAGCAAUAAAGGAGGUGGCCAUGCAUCUGUCAUUGUGAUUGGAGGAGCAGAGGAAUCUCUGAAUGCACAUCCUGGAAGCCUGACCUUGAACAUCCUCAAGAGGAAGGGCUUUAUUAAAAUGGCCCUGAAACAUGGGGCUCAUCUGGUCCCAGUGUUUUCCUUUGGUGAAAAUGAACUAUUCAAGCAAGUUGCAAACCCCAAAGGUUCAUGGCUUAGGAAUGUCCAGGAGAAGUUGCAAAAGAAAAUGGGCUUUGCUUUACCACUAUUUCAUGCUAGAGGAGUAUUCCAAUACAGUUUUGGCUUAAUACCUUACAGGCAACCUAUUCAUACUGUUGUGGGAAGCCCCAUCCCUGUAAAACAGAACUUGAACCCCACCACUGAAGAGAUUGAUCAGCUACAUGCAUUGUAUCUACAGAAACUAAAGAAAUUAUUUGAAGAACACAAAAGCAAUUAUGGCAUCCCUGCACAUAAAUCUCUCAUCUUCGAGUAGCAAAUUACAAUUUGUCAUUCCAAAUCUCAUGCAAAGAAACAGUGUCUGCUCAAAGAUGUCUUUCUUGCAAUCCAUAUUUUGCAAUCUGUAAUUAUCCUUAUGUAAGGAAUACUUUUAAGAAGGGAUUAUUAGAUGAUUUAUUGAUUUUUAUCUUAUUCUUGGGUGAUGGGGGAGGGAUCAUUGGGAUGUAAGCCUUGAAGCCAGUGCUGUUUUAAGUUGUCCUUUUAGGUUCAUGUGUGCCAGAAAUGUGAGUGAGACACUCCACACAGAUGUCCUUACCACAGCUUGAGCACAGAAAAUUGCCCCAGCAUGAGAUCAGUAGCAGAAGCAUAAAUCCAAGAAGUCAUUGAUUAGAGACUGAGAGAUUUACCAGCAUUUAUCAAACAUGACAUCAGGUUCUUCUCUGAAUGUCAGACACCCCUGCUGCUCUUCCACAGGAAUGAAGGUGUAUGUUUUCAGCAGAUGGCUACUGUAAACCACUUACAAGAGGAUUCAAGAAUAAACAGGAGCCUUCAGCCCUGAAUUGGAUAUUGGCAAAAAUGGUUUGUCCAAGUCAUGGAGCAGAGCAAACCUGUUUGGAGAACAGUGUGUUGAGAUUUUUGUGUGCAUGUGUGUGCUGGGUGGUGGGAAGCACUGAAUGAUGUGACUUUUCUGGACAAUCUGUGCUUUGGAUCAUAAGUUUGGAAGAUGAAGCAGAUUUGGUAGUUUCAGCCUCAGAAGAGAUGACAGGCACAGGACAGGAGAAGGAGGGACUCGUAUGAACUCUUCAUCCUGUGCAAAUUAAAAAUAAUCCUAUGUCAAGCACUUGCACAGAAGGAAGGGGAGCCCAGUGUGUUCAGUCAAUUCUGAAAUUUCACCAAGGAAAGUGUACUUGAUAAUGCCUGGUGACACAGCUGCAGUGCCAAGGCAAUGUGAGCAUAGCUUGGGUGCUGCAGGUUAAGAGGAUGCAUUGUACAUAAAGCAGGUGCCUGAAUUUGAGAAAAGGUUUAUCCUAAAUGUGGAUAUCCACUUCAGAAAAUAAUAAUAAAAAAAAAAUCUUAGCCAAACUUUUUUUCAGUGAAAAUGCCUAGGUCUUGGAGAUUAUUGUGUAUGGAAAGAAUUGUAAUAUAUUACUGAAUUUUUAUGAGAUAAAUUCUUGUAUUUGUACAUACUUUCUGACUGCCUGCAGACUUUGCAGUCUGAUGUUCAUGAAGAGUUUGCUCUGCUUUUAGCAGUUUUGGUACCCCAAUAUUACAUCAGUGAGGUGCUCUGACAGGUCAUGCCUGGGCUUGUCAGGCAGCUGGGCAUCUUCAGUUGCCUCAGAUGAGCACGGAGGUGCUCCAGGAAUAGCAGUACUGGACACAUUGUGUAUUCAUGGGCUGGAGGCUCUUAGAAGAAACAGCUGGGCCUUUGAGAACAAGGUAGAACCCUGGAGAAAAAGUAUCUUAGCAAGAUGAAGGUGUUAAAGGAAAAGAGUGGAAAUGACUUCUGUGGAGUGAACUCCAGCUGAACCAACGCCCCAAAGCCAAACAAGUAUUUGCCAGACAGAGCAGAUGUAUGAUGUACUUGUUGCUCCAAAAUACCCUCCAGCAACAAGUUGGUUUCCUUAAGAGGGCUCUUCCUUCUAGUGGAUGUAAACAACACUGAGUCGUGCUCUCAUUUUCUCUGCAAUGACACAAACAUUCUGGGAACCGGGGGUGGAAUUUGCAGUGCCUGAAGAAGCCCCUCUUCCCUGACAGACUGCUGUCAAUGUGGCCACAGUUCACCUCUACCUGAGCUUGCUUGGUGCCAUGUGUGCUUGUCCUCCCUUCCCAGGCCUUUGCUGAUCACUGAUGAUCACUGUGGUGCAGGAAUCUCGCUUCCUCACUUUCUGCCCACCUUUCCCUGGGCUGAGAUCUCUGGUCUCUAUGCAUGGAAAAUACUGAGUGGUGUCUUAUUCAGCAAAAAUGUGGUUUAGGAGUAGGGUUUGAGAAGAGGAAGCACUGUGGCUGUGUGUGUUUGACACCACCUUAAGAUCAGGACUGUUCCAGCUCUGGAAGGGCAUGUUUCUAGGGAGGUCAGACAUGGCAGGUUUGUUACCUGGGAAGAGGUCUCAGUCCUGAGGAUUGCACAAAGUGACAAUCCCUGAACAGUUGCUCUGUCUUAGCCAGCUAUGUGAAAUUUCCUUUGGAUUUGACUUUUAUUGCCUGCCCUGAUGAGUAGUAAGGAUUAUUCAUGAAAGAAGAAUUUGGAGUCUGUCAGACUGUGCUCUCCUAGAUCAUCUGCUCUAAUGAGAUAUUUCCUCUCAUUUUCAGUCAGUUCUUUUUCCAUUACCUUAAUGAUACAGAAGAUCAGGCUGUAAGUUUAAAAAUAUUAGCUUCAGGUUGAGGAUGGAAAGUAACAAUGUUUUUUGUUAAUUAAAUUAAUCAAAACUUCUAGGGAAUAUGUGGAUACUGAUUUUGGGACAGUAUCUGGUUAGAAGGGUAUCCUAUUAACAGGCUUUCCUCUGAAUUCCAUGAGGAAAUUAUCAGUGGGCUCUCUGUACCAUAACUGGCUCAGGUAGAACAAGUAGGGAUUGUGUUGCUAUGACUACUGAUACUGUCAUUGCUUUGUAACAAUGGAGAUGGUAAAAAACCCAACAAAGAAUAACAGACCAACAAAAUCUCCAAACAACCCAAAUAUUUAUUGUUGCUCAGUUACUACUGCAUAUUGCUUAUGAUGGUCCUUCCAAACUACCUUUUUUUAACCAAUUGUCUAGUGUGCCCAGGACUGUUUUAAAAUAGAAUUCUGUCUCUAAACGUGAUAGACACGGUGUCGUCUGAGAUAUUUACCUCUGUGUUAGUGUGUGGAUCUGUAAAGCAGCCAUGCAAUCCUGAGCCUGAAAGCCAGAGCCCUGGCAGCCACAGACCCAUUUUGGCUACCACAGGCACCAAUCCCAGCACUGCUGCAGGCAGAGAAGUGCCCAUGUUUGUUGGAGCAAGAGUCUCCAGCUGCAGUUCAUGCUGGACAAAGCAAGAGCAAGGAGCUGGUAGGAAUGGUGACAGACCCUGCCCCAGCUGCAACUGGAAGAGCUGGGCAGCACUCAGAUUCCAGGUGGGAUGCCACACUGCCUGGGGCCUGCUUCCUGGGGUGUUUCUCUUUGUGCCUCUCAAUGCCACAGGUAAUCCCAGGGAAGCCAGCCAUCCAUCAAGAGGAGAAGCUCUGCCUCUAAACUGUGCAAACACUGCCUGCCUGACACGCUCAGGAUGAAGCUCCUGCCUGUUCCCUCGUGUGUGAACACCUCUGUGCCAAAUUCCAUUGACUGAAAGUCAAUCCUCGAGUAUUUUUGCUUUGUGAAAUACACAGCGUAAUUUACACUUUGUAACUUUUUAUGGUACCUGUAAAAUAUGAAUAUCAGUUGUUUCAAUGAUAGCUGUGGCAAGGAGGUGUGAGAUAAUAAAGGUUUUUACCAA